AUGGAAGUCGACCCGAGCCCCGCGCAACAACGCACUUCGCGAAAACAUUUGCGCAGCAGCGACGAAGAUGGCAAUUCAGAUUGGAGUUCGGAUGUCUCCGGUCGUUUCGACGACGCUGCCGAGGAGCCCGAGCUGCAGGAUUACAAGUCGCCUUCCGCAAAGUCGGUGAAACGGCGCCGCUCGAAUGAUUGGCCUCUCCCCGAGGAAGCCGCGGACUAUGGUCACCACGAUCGCCGCACCGUUCGCAACGGACAUACCACUGCCGCUCUUGGACCGGGAUACAAGGUCUCGCCGCGGGCAUCGCCUCGUACUUCAGCCGCGUCGCUGCGUGGCCGGUUGGGGGGCGUACCGACCAAUAGUCCUCGCACUCGGCUGGGUCGGCGGUCGCGUUUCGUCGAGGCAACUAUGUCUGAUAGUGUUAGCGAGAAGCCUCCUAGCAUUUUCAUGCACGACGGGAAACCGGCUGGUCCGCGGCAUCGACAAUCUGGGAUCUUCCGAUUUGGAAAGGCAAUCGCCUCGGCCUUCAAUCCGUUCGGGGGUUGGGGCAAGAGCUCCCCGGAGAAUGUCAAUCCACAACCUCCAACGGAUGCCCUUAGCCAAGCGGAGCAGGCUUAUGCUGAGCUGAAGAAGGCUGGUUACAAGGGUACGAACAAAAGCGCUCACAUGCAAAGCCACAACGCAAGCCACGGUGUUGUGGACCCGGCCAAUGCCGACCGGACAUGGCAAGCAAUCCAAGAGAAGAUGGACUAUGGCUCUACCAUGGGUGGUGCUGCUGUUCAAACAGGAGAUCGGGUGGACAUUCAUACACCUUCGCGAUCUACAUCCAAAUCCUCUAAGCGCUCCUCGUUUCAAGACUUACGGUCGCUGGGACUCCCGUUCAUGCGGCAACAUGAUCCACCGUCUUCAACAUCAAUCUACCAAGAGCGAACGUCAGAAGAGUCCAAUGAGAAUACCGGGCUUCGGAAGCAAAAGUCUCGAAAGGAGCUUUCACGCCAGACUAAACUGCUCAAAAAAGUCAGCAAUCUCGAGGACAAGCUGGAACGCGCUCGGCGAGAACUUCGCCAGCUGUCCGGCAGCGCAGAGCCACUGCCCGCACCUACACCGGACCCAAAGUCCAGGAGCAUGGACAUGGAUCCUGGCAGCUAUCCUCGCAAAUUUGUCCCUGGAGCUCUCCCCACCCUUCCAUCGGAACGUCUCCUGGACCAACAAGCCAUGAUGGCCGAAUCUCCCGAGUCCUACGCGGCCGAACUAACUGCUUUCCCGUCCUUGGAGGGCCGAGGAAGCGCCUCGCUCGAGGAUUCACAGUCGGCCCAGAGCACAACUGGGGUGCGGUCACCGAGCAGGCGGCCCCGAGAGUCGCGGCCGUCGUCCACGAGUAAGGAAAGCCCUUCCCGCAAAAGGAAGUCCCCCGUUCCUGAACCUAUCGCUAGUCGGCCCCCGAUAUAUGGCCAGCCCAAUCCGACGCGCCGCAUCGACACCGACAUCGACAUCAACAUCGACAACGACCGCGACGACGACCGCCCGCCCAAGCACGAUAAUGACCUGAUCGACUUCGGCCUCCUCAGCCCGCCACGCCAGGCGAAGUGGCAGAAGUUCGAAGCCGGCGACAGCCCGGGCUCCAUCGAGCGCAAGCGCAACGUGGACCUAUUCGCGCAAGAAGCACCAGGUUCGAUGCACAAAAGGUCCCCAUCUGCCCAGCCCCGAUCAUCUCCGGCCGCCACUCGCUCACCAAAAUCCAAGGCCGUACGAUCCCCGCCCCCACUGCGUAUGAAACGCGGUCACUCGCACUUGCGCUCCGUGUCGCCCGCCUUUGCCGCUGCCGCGCCUGAAUCAUAUGCCACCGCGACCCCCGACGUGUUCUCGUCGUCUCCCGCGCCCAAUGAAAUACACCAUGCGUUCUACCUGCAGCAGCACUGUCAACUCGAUCCCGAUCGCAGCCCGAGCUCUUCGCCGUCAAAAUCCAGCCCGAGUCGGAAGCGGCGGUGGCAGGAUAGAGAUAUUCCGCCUGUGCCGCCCCUGCCGAAGGAGCUUCUUCUAGAUGCCGCCAAGGUGAACGAGUCCCCAAGGAAGAAGUCGAGCACUGCAAAAAAUCGUGCUGCAGCGCUUGAGGCACAGACGUCUUCUGUGCAGAACCAGCAAACCUCUGGCGCAGAAAAGUAUUCCUGGCCUGAUGAUAUCUUUUGA